UUGCUGUAGCAACUUCCCCUAUAUGGCAGUGUGUCAGCUCGGAGGAAGGAGAAGGGCGAUGGCCGCCGGUGGGGCAGCAGCAGGAGGAUGCGGAGACACGGUGGAGCAGUGCCGAGCCGAGGUGGAGCGUCUAAGCCGGGAGCUAGCGGAGGCCAAUCGCGAGAAGAUCCGGGCAGCGGAGUGCGGGCUGGCGGUGCUGGAGGAGAACCAGAACUGGAAGCAGCAGUACGCCGAGCUGGAGGCCGAGCAGGAGGCUCUGAGGCAGGAGCUGGACCAGCUGCAGGAGGUGGGAACAACAGCGGCAUUUGGCCAAGCCUACUCCGCCCAGCGUAAGGUGGCUGAAGAUGGCGAGAGCAAAGAGGAGACGCUGCUAGAGGAGUCGGCCACCAAAGAAGCCUACUACAUAGGUCGCCUCCUGGAGCUCCAAGCCGAGCUCAAACACAGCAAGGCCGCUGCUGCCAAUGCGCUGGCUGACAAUGAACACCUGAGCAGCCUUUUACAGGAACUGCGAGAGAGCAACGAGAUGUUGGAACUGCAGCGUAGCCGCAUGCGGGAGGAGAUCACGGAGUACAGGUAUCGAGAGUCCAGGCUGACGCAGGACUACACUGAGCUGGAAGAGGAGAACAUUUCUCUGCAGAAACUGGUUUCAACUCUCAAACAGAAUCAGGUGGAAUUUGAAGUCCUGAAACAUGAAAUCAAGGUUUUGGAGGAGGAGACAGAGGUCAUGAACAACCAGUUACGGGAUGCUCUGCGUUUGAAGGACAUGUCUGAUUCGCAUCUGGAAGAGGCACUGGAGUCUCUAAACAGCGAGCGCGAGCAAAAGAAACACCUGCGCAGGGAGUUGGUUCACCAUCUGAGCAUGUGCGACGUGGCCUUCACUGGCAGCGCACACCUGACCUUUAACUCCGCCCCACCCAGCGGCACCGCUACCCCAACAACACUGCUCUCCCCAACUGCAGAAGAAACAACACGGUGUAACGGCCAUGUCCAAGGUGCGACACGGUUGCUGACAGCUGCAGGGUCGGCAACCGGUGCUAAUGGAGGCGCAGGUCGAAAAGCUGAGGGUGUGACAUCGUCUGACCUUUUCAGUGAAAUGAACCUGACAGAGGUUCAGAAGCUCAAACAGCAACUGUUGACAGUGGAACAUGAGAAAGUGGCAUUGAUAACCAGUUUGCAGGAGUCCCAGACUCAGCUCCAGCACACCCAGGGGGCUCUGACUGAACAGCACGAAAAGGCCCUCCGCCUCAGUCAGAAGGUCAGUGCCCUCUGCUGGGGGCAGCAAGUUGCACAGACCGGUACGGCCUCUCAGCUUUAUCCCGAGGACCUUUUGGAACCCGACAAGGUUAAAGAUGAAGAAAAUGAGGUUGACAAGCAUGGCAGAGCGGAUGAAAGGUGGACAUUUGCACACCAGUCACCGAGUUUGCAGAUCCUGCAGUGCAAAUACCAGGUGGCUGUGACUGAGGUUAUUGAGCUCAAGUCAGAAGUGAAAGCCCUGCUUGGCAGAUUGGCUCAAUGUGGGGAAGGCCCGGUGCAGGAGAAGUCAAGAGGAAAUGCUCACCUACAGAAACUAGAGAGACAGGUGACCUCACUGGAAAAGAGCUGCCAGGAGGGAAAGGAGAAGGUGUCUAGUUUGGAGACAGAGUUGCAGACAGCACAGUCAGCCGCCAGUGAGAGUCAAAGCGCUUUGAAUGCUGCUCAGGAUGAACUGGUGAUGCUGAGUGAGGAGCUUGCCCAGCUCUAUCAUCAUGUCUGUCUGUGCAACAACGAGACACCCAACCGUGUCAUGCUAGACUAUUACAGACAAGGCAGAGGGCUCAAGGGCCUUUGUGCCAAUCUCAAAGCCAUGUCAUCUGACAACAGUAAAGUUCUCCUCACGCCACGCCUUGCCAGGAGAAUGGCUGCCGCCGCCACAACCUCAACUUCCGAUGAUUCUCGUAGCCCCUCAGAGUCUCCGUCCAAAGAACCCCUACCCGCUGGGGACAAAGGGGGUAAGAAGGGAGACAAGGAGUGGAUCCAGGGUCAGUCGCAGCAAAACCUGACUUCCGGCACUCCUCCAACCCGCUCACCCAGCAUCAGUGCCUCGUCAUCGUCCUCCUCCUCAUCAUCACCUGCUUUGGAACCAGCCAGUGAGCUGCGCAGAGAGCCCAUGAACAUCUACAACCUCAACGCCAUCAUUAGAGAGCAGGUGAAGCACCUCCAGCGAGCGGUGGACAGGUCUUUGCAGCUGUCCAGACAGAGAGCGGCAGCCAGGGAGCUGUCUCCUUUGCUAGACAAGGACAAGGAAAGCUGCAUGCAAGAGAUCCUAAAGCUCAAGUCGCUGCUUAGCACCAAGAGAGAGCAGAUAGCCACACUCCGGCUGGUGCUCAAAGCUAACAAGCAGACAGCAGAGGUGGCUCUGACCAACCUGAAGAGCAAGUACGAGGCAGAGAAGUCAAUGGUGACCGACACGAUGAAGAAGCUUAGGAACGAGCUGAAGGCCCUGAAAGAAGACGCGGCCACUUUCUCUUCUCUACGAGCAAUGUUUGCCACCAGGUGCGACGAGUAUGUAAACCAGCUGGAUGAUAUGCAGAGACAGUUGGCAGCUUCUGAGGAUGAGAAGAAGACCCUGAACUCUCUCCUGAGAAUGGCCAUCCAGCAAAAACUGGCCCUCACCCAACGCCUAGAGGACUUGGCCUUCGAUCAAGAACAAACGCGCCGCAACCGUGGGAGCAGGUUGACCCGCAGGAAGUCCACUCCUCCCAAAGUAAGUCUCCCAACCUCAGCUUCGACCGCUGACCUGGCACAAGGCGCCGGUGCAGCUUUGGUCUGCAGUAGUCCCUCCGCUUCUUGCCUUACUAGUCCAACAUUAGUCAAUUCUGAAGUUCCAACUACCACGGCAGCUAAGACAGCCUCUCCCUCGUCUAUGUCACAAAUACUCCCUGGCAGUCCGUCAUCACCAAGCAUUUCUUCCCCUCCUCAACCUCCCGAGACCUCGUCUUUAACCCCUCAGAGUCUGACUCCCUCCAAGUGGCGCCUCGGGGUGCGAACUUUUGCGGUUGACUCCCAUAGCUUCAACAUUUCUUCUCCAUUUUCCCGUAGUUCGGCGGCUUCAAGACAUGUCACCCCAGAUACUCAAACCACACCCAAGCCUAACCAGACAGGGUCUGCCCCUUCCUCUCCUUAUCGAUCCACAACGCUGGGGUUUCGGCGCCCCUUGUGGAGCCCCUCACAAAGAACUCGUCCCUUCUCCAGUCUGAUGGGAACAUCGGGACAUCACAGUCCCUCCUCAUCCUCUUCUUACUCGUCUUCACAUCCUGUGGCGUCACCCCACAGUUAUUCAUCUACCUACUACAGCUCCUCUGGCACUACGUCCUACGGCCACACUACCCACUACACUCCUCUCUACCCCAGAUACUAUGGUUCCUACAGGCCUUAACAUUCACCCUAAAGGUCUUUGUGGUCUCUUUCUGGCACUUGAGAGAACAGGAGAAUAUUCCUUUUCUUUUGGCCAAUGGAUUCUAGUUCUUUGGUAACUAUUCUCAGGGAUUUGAUAUCAGGAGCACAAGUGGUUCUAACUUCCCUUUAUACCGCGUUGACUGAUUGGCGGUCCAGAAGAUAAUAUUACAGUGAAACCUGUUUUACAGUGUUCGGAAUAAUCAUUAACACUGUUUUCUUGAAACAAGUAAUCUAAUUAAAUUAAACGUUGUAAUCAAACAUUACAACGCGUGUGUUAUUAUUGUGUUUAGGAGACAAAGCCACUGAUAUGUUAAACAUAUACUUGGCCCCUAAAUCUGAUUCUGAUAUACGCUCACAAUCGGUAACUUAACUAGCGGUAACACAACACAGAGUGAACACAUUCAACAGGAGCUACUGUCGGCAGCAACUCACGCCAAUAACUCCAAAUUCAGACCGCUAACACAGAUGGCUCCACUCUCGCUUGGUAACGUCACAUGUCACUCAAGCACACAGGUACAGGCACACUCAAAAUCCCAGAUAUUCAAUUACGUAUAUGUAUUUCAUGAAACAUCUUUCAACGCCAGAUAAUUAAAUGUUUUCCCAAAAACUGACACAAUAAUUACUGUCCCUGCUAAAUAGUUAUAUGUCUCUCGAAAUAGGAUGGUACGAGACAAAAACAUUUCUCUACCUAUAAUCUCCUUUUUUAAAAAAUGUUUUCUCAAAAGUACUGUACAAUAUUGGUAUUUAGAGGCUAAAAGGGUACAAGGUGAUACAAAGUACAAAUGUCUACCAUUUCAACCCUAAGGUUACCUCAUGCAUUCAUAAUGUGCUUAGCUCAUAGACAACACAUAUUAUUAAUAGUACUUUAAAUGCUAAUAUUAGCAUAGUUAUUAGGGGUGUAACGAUUAGUUCAGGUUGCCGAUAUGAUUCAGGGACGAUAUUACUUUAUUUAGAACGAUACGAUCCAAAACGAUGCAGUGAGUUGAAAUCAAUUCAGUAACUUUUUAGCAAAAAAAAAAAUUCAACCAGUGUGACUAUGAAAUAAAUAGUGGACAUUGGACACCGCAGGUGAGGUUUCCUAAAUUCCUGUAAGUUCUGGUAAGAAAAUUAUGUAGAAAUGAAUUAUGGAUACAACAAAGCAAGUAAACAACAAUUAAUGGCCAAUGCAUUCACAUCUUGUUUAAAUAAAUAAACUAACACUUUAGGUUGAAUUAAUAAGAAGAAACAUUUUCUGCUCUCAUUUUCAAUAUUCAAGAAAUGUUCAAUAAAAGUAAUGAACAUUUUAACAGUAGAUUUACCUGCUACUUCUGAGUUUGUUUUUUUUAACAUAGAAAUAAUACAACAUUAUUCUAAAAAAUAAAGUGCAACCAACAUAUAUUUAGGUUGAAUGAGCAGCAGAUGUACCUGCUACUUUUGCUUUUGUUUUUUAACAUGCGUGGCAGCACUUCGUGCCGAUAGAAAUUCUUGUUUUCUCAAAGGGUGCUCACAAGCCUGUAUGAUUGCACUUUUUUAAAUUGAUAAGGUACUCAAAGGGAACUGGACUGAAUGGGACAGAAAUGUCUUUCAAAAAGUCCACUCCUAGCAACAAGCAUUGUACCCGUUUAGGUAAAAGCUGGUACCUCUAGUUUUGAGACUGAGGAGUAAAUACAUUACGAUUUCAAUUACAUUUUUGGGAAAGUAACUUAAAAUUAUAAUUACUUUUGUGAAGUAAUUUUCCCAUGUUGACAUUUAUGUUGACAACUCGUCUAUGCCGACCAACUCAUCAAGUCUCGGUCGUCUUUAUACUAAAAAGUGCCCGCAUAAAUCGACAUACAUGGUCGUCAUAAAUUUUAAAGACCCAUGACAAUUAUUUCUCUGACAAAUCUCUCUGUUUAUGACAACAUUUGUUGUAGAUUUGUUAGCUUCAUCAUUAUCGCUCCUGUGAUUUUGCAAGAGACGUUUGUGGUUAUGGCUAAAUGGAACUGCCACUUACAGUAUAUCUUUAACACUUUGACAGACUCCUCACUAAGUAACACUAAAUUGCAUACUAAAUAUUUUGCUAGAGGAGGAACAAAAAUGUCAACAACCUGUGCAGAUUCAAGUAAAUGUGCAAACUAUAGCUAGUUUUGCUAAUGUUGACAACAGCUUACGUCGCCCUGUAUAGGACUUUUUUCAAUAAGCGUUUUCAGCAUUUAGCGAAUGAGUUUACAACUCAGAUGCAAGAUUUGUUUAAAACAAAAAAGUAAAAAACAACUAUUUAAUAGACUUUUUUUUAACAUGUGUGAAUAUGGACCAUGACGCACUACAUAGCAUUUAUGUACUGUAUCAGUGUGUAAUCACUAUUUUUAUGAUGCUAUCGGGACUCUGACUCACAUUAUGUAUCCAAAUUUUGCUAUCAAGCUGAUACCAAGUAAAUAUAUGGCAACUUGCCAUAUAUUUACUAUCUACAAUCCUUGCCAAUGGCAAGGAUUGUAGAUAGCGAUAUCGGUACUUUUUCCAGAUCACUGAAUGAUUUAGUGAUUUUUGCUUUAGAUUCGACCAAGGAAAAACAUUUUAGACAAACACAAAUCAAAUAUUUCUAUCAACGGGUGUCCACACUUUUUCCACCGAAGCUGCACACUAAAGAACCAAAAAAUGUGACAGUGAUAUUUUUAAUUUGGAAAUUUAAAAAAAGGCUAACACCAUCGAUUCUGCUAAGCGUGCAUGUCAGCAUCAUGAAUUCAAGUGUUUCUCCUUGUAUAAUGCCUUUUUGCCCUUUUUCGCCAGUAUUUUUUAGAACGUGCCUAGGGGUUGCAGGGCACAAAUGACUCCCUGCAGUCCGCAAUCAGAAUGACUUGAACAAAAAAAACUGCAGUAGGAUAGUAUAAUAGACGUGAUGGGACAAAUUGCACAAAAACCUAAAAUAAGGAACAGGAACUGAAACUGCAAUUGUGAGGUUCUUUGGAAAACAUUUCAUUUCCCAUUUUUUUAUUAAUCCAUGAAAAUGCAAAAAUUGGUAUCCAGUGGUUAACACUUUUAGCCAAGGCGAGCAUUGUUGUAUUUGUUUAUUUGUUUUUGCAGGACUAAAUAAUAAAACAAAAACAUCGGCGUUUCGCAGUCGUGAUGCAGGUCUGGACCUAGUUUCAUUCAACUGAUAAUAAAUUAAUGAUUUAUUUCUAAAAAGUUAAAUUAUUUUAAAAAUGAUUAAAUGAUUUAAAGUAAAUUAAUACAAAUAUAUAGUUAAUUAAAGUAUAUUAGUGAUAAUACAUUAAAAAUAUUAAUUCAAAUCCAUAUAAAAUGUGUAUUCAUAUAUUCAUGCAUUUCAUAUCCAGAUCCCAGGGGCACCCUUGUAGAGCACAUAGCAAGGAAUAAAUAUACAGAGCAUAUCAAAAGGUAGAGUACAAAAAUGCUUAAUAUGACCAAGAGGGGGUCAUGUGGUCAUCAUCAUCGUGGUCAUAGUACUAGCACACCCUUGUGCCUCUGAAGGAGCCAUCAAUGAAGGCUAUCAAAGCAGUACAAAGAAGCAAUAUGUCGCAAGUUUACCUGAAAAUAUCAGCUUUAAAAUCACAUACGUUCUUGUCAUGGUGUUGGUUGUGUGCAGUGCCUUUACACGCUUUGUCAAAACGGAUCAGUCAUGGGUUUUGUUUGUGUUAAGCAUGUACUGGACAUCCAAGAGCUUGGUUUCUUCAACUUCUAACAAUGUCACUCGCCACACUGUCUAUAUACAUUGUUUUACU